CAAUAAGAAAGCAGAGAGACUGAUUACUUUUUGCCUAAACCAAUCCAAUCCACCACAAGACCCUCGUUGAAUUUUUUUUCCUAGCGAUUCAAAAGGCUUCGCCUUGUCCCAAUUACGCUUAGAUUCCUCUCAAUUCCUCCGUGUUUUGAUUCGUCUCCGCGAUUCUAGGGUUUUGCAAUUUCGUGUUGAUUCAUGGCUUGGGAUUAGGUGCAGCGGGUUUGAAGUGACUUUUAGAGUUUGAAGAAGGGCACGAUGCUAGGCUCUGGUAACAAUUUGAGCAGGGGUACAGUAGGCUUGUCUUCUGAUACCCCGAACUUGUCUCAAGUCUUAACAUUGGAACCGAUUAGAUUAGGCAAUCAAAGCUAUACUCGCUCAGGAGAGCUAAGGAGGGUUCUCAGCGUCCCUAGUAGGGAGGCCUCAUCAGAAGAUACUUCUUUUGGAAUGUCCCAUCCUAAGCCUUCUCCUCCUGUGGCAACAGAGGAGCUCAAGCAAUUUAAGGAAAGUGUGCUAGAUACUUCCCGAGAGGCCGGGGAUCUAGCGAAGAAGCUAAGUGAAUCCAUAUUUAAGUUGGAUAAAUAUGCGGAGACGUUGAGUUCAAAGAAACGAAGGAGGAGUGAUAUAUCCCCUGGUGAGAGGAUGGACGCAGCUAACUUGGAUAAGAUGAGAAACCAGGUUCCGAGAGCGCAAGACAGUAUGGCUCAAAGAUCUGAGGAGAGAAAAAAGAUGCUUGGAUUGAACAAGCGUGCUCGUACCCCACUUGGAGAUGUGCAGGGGGAUGGUAGAGUUUCUACUCUUGCAAGGCAGCAAGUUAUAGAAAGGGGCUCUGAUUCACCUCCAAGUGUUCCUGGAGAAACAGUGCGAAUAGAGGAGAAGAUACGCAGGCUGCCUGUUGGUGGUGAAGGAUGGGAGACAAGAAUGAAAAGGAAACGGUCUGUUGCAACUCUAGGCAACAGAGUUAUGAAUCCUGAUCAACGUGUCAUGCAGCAGCCGAAGCCGACAGUUGACUCUAAGUUGCGUUCUUGUGACACCCAAAAUUUCAGAUUGAAAUCUUCCACCGGGGUGAGUGGAAUUAACCGGCUUGAGUCUUCAUUUGAACCAGACAGUCCAGGUAUGGGUGGAUUACCCAGGAAUGAGUUGGAGACUGUUUCCCUUGCAAGGGACCGGUCAGUACUUGCUGAGCAGAGGCUUAUGGCCAAGGGAAACAAUAAGAGAAACUUACAGGAAGAUGGCCCCACAAACAGCUCUACUGCAAUAUUGAAAGGAAAUGUUUCUAGGGCUCCAAGAACAGCAACCGUUAUGUGUGUUGAUUCUUCAAUCAAAGUCGAGCCAUCAUCUGGAGUAUUACAAGGUUCAUCUGCACAUGCAAUGGCUCAAUGGGUUGGCCAGAGACCUAAGAAUUCUCGAACGAGGAGAACGAAUGUAGUUCCGCCUGUUAUCAAGCAUGCUGAAAGCAAGUUCUCAGCUCAAGGUUUUGCAACAUCUGAUUUUAGUCCUAGAGGAUCUCCUGGAACCACUGGGUCACUCUCAGUUGUUGACAGUAGCCCUUUAAAAAUGAAAAGGAAGCCGAAGAAUGCUUCAUCACCGUAUGGUUUCUCUGAAAGUGAGGACUCGGGAGCUGGAGACAACAAAACAAGAGAGCGUGCUCUUGCGAGUGGGGACUUGUUCACAACUCCUAAAACAGGGUCGCCGUUAAGGAAAAAUAAAAUGCAAACGAGUUAUAAAGGAGGUGGUGCAUGGAAGCAAGGAAAGUGUGAAAGUGUUUCGUCAUUGACAACUCCUGGCUUUCAUCCUAUGAUUGUUAAGUCAGAGAAUCUAACACUAGAGAAGCCUCUGCACAAUGUCAAGAUUGCGUCAGAUAAGAAUCGAAGCAAAUAUGGGCGUCCACCAGCGAAAAAGGUUAAAGAUCGUAAACCUUCUACGCGGCGUGCCUCAAAUUCUAUUUCCACUCCAGAUAUUACAGGUGAAUCUGAUGAUGAUCGUGAAGAUAUUUUUGCAGCGGCUAAUUCAGCACGGAAGGCAGCGAAUCUUGCUUGUUCUGGUAAGUUUUGGAAAAAGAUGGACCACAUCUUUGCUGCCAUCAAUGCAGAUGACAUGCAGAACAUAAAAGAUCAGCUGAAUUUUGCUGAAGAACUCGAUGAAUCUCUGUCAGAGGCAAUCUUAGAUGGCUAUAACGUUAUGGGUAUCAAAUUGCCGAAAGCACCACAUCGCCCUGGUGAGGGAAUUGUUGACUAUUCAGGUCCAGCGUUGUCAUGUAUAUCUGAUCUUUCAUUUGAGAGAUUGGACAUGAGAAAGUUGAACGAGAUUACUCCGUUGUACAAGAGGGUGCUUUCUGCCCUAAUCGAGGAAGAUGAUGGAGAAGAAGUCGUACAAUUCAAUGGAGGGAAGAAUCUGUCUCUUCAUUAUGCUAGUGAUGAUUCUCACUCUGGUUCGUGUACCUAUAUUGACACCGAGUUUAGAGAGAGAGACAGAAUGGAAUUUGAAGUAGAGUCAAGCGGGGAUUUUCAGACCCCCAAGAGUUGUUUAUUUGACAGAUUUUCCAAUGAGAGGAGUGUUGUGUAUAACCCUUUCAGAAAUGGUAGCAUGUCUACAUCUGUCCAUAGCAAUGAACAGUGGAUCGGGGAUGAUAAUCUUUCACAUUCGGAUGCUGCACUCGGCGGUGAGGCCUAUUCAAAUAGCCUGGGUCAGCUGCAAGCUAGGGACGUGAACAUUCCCAACUUUCCAGUAUCUGACACGCAGUAUCAGCUAAUGUCUUUGGAUGAGCGACUUCUUCUGGAACUACAGAGCAUUGGUGUGUUCCCUGAGGCCAUGCCUGAUCUGGCUGAAGAAACUAUGAGCACAGAUGUUAUGGAGUUGAAGGAAGGCAUUUAUCAGCAGAUCCGAAACAAGAAGCAAAAGCUGGAGAAGCUAAAUAUUACCAUCCAGAAGGGGAAAGAUGAUGAGAAAAGGAAAAUUGAGCAGCUAGGUAUGGACCAGCUUGUGGAAACAGCUCACAAGAAAAGAAUGGCAUCCCGUGGAAAUAAAGCUUUUAAAUCCCAUAAGGUCACAAGACAAGCGGCCUCGGCGUUCAUCAGGAGGACACUUGCCAGGUGUCGCAAGUUCGAAGAGACUGGGCUUAGCUGUUUUGCUGAUCCCGCACUUCAAGACAUAUUGUUUUCAUCUCCCAGCAACGAUGCAAAAUCAUCAGAAAACGGCGGCUCUGGAACAGCCAGUAACACUCUCAAUGAACCUUCUAAUCACCAGGCUGAGGCCAAGGGUUCAGGUGCAGUGUCUAGUACAAAGAGGAGAGAAGCAUUGGUCGACGACGUUAUCGGAUGCGCUUCAUCUAAAGUCACAACGAGUAUAGAUAGUGCGGUUCUUAGUGGAGGAGGUAAGAGAGAAGACGGUUUCGUGAACAAGAACAAACCGAAACCCAAAGAAAAGAACGAAAACCAAUCAAGAUCAACUCACCCAACAGGUCCAGCGAGCAGAGGCAGAGGAGGCAACGCUGGAGAUGGUGGUGCAGCAGGAGUAGAUGAGGAAGCUCCAAUAGAUUUCUCAAAACUAGCGUUCCAUGAUCUGGAGGAAAUAGAUGAGCAGGCAGAUAUAGGAAACUGGUUUGAGGGUCUUCAGGAUAUUGAUACCGCUGGGCUUGAUGAGGUUCCUAUGGAUGAUCUCUCUUUCAUGUUUGGAUAAAGAAGGAAGACACUGACAGAGGGAGAGGAUUUGAUCUGACGCUUAUCUAUCACAAUUCACUAGUAUUAAUUUCUUAAGUUUGUAUAUUUGUACUGAAAAGUGAUUGUCUCCCUUGGAGGCGAGUAUUAAACUAUGAUCUAAUAUUAUAUGUAUUUCCAUUUUCAAAAGAGUAUCUUUUGAUGUAUUCAUAGUUCAAUAACAUUUGUUUGAAAAGAA